AUGAACACAGCCGAUGGUAUCGGCCCUACUAUGAUCAUUCAGGUGGGCAUUACUGCUAUGUAUAUAGCGACUUACGUGGAUCUAAUCAAGACAGAAGGGAAUAUUUAUUACGAAUGGGACCAGCCAGGCGGCAGUCGAACUGCCGCACCCGCAAAUCAAGAUUCAAGAAGUGUUACCUCGCGCCAAAGCGCCUCCGGGGCCGCGCUUUCCAGGCCCGACGAUGUAUACCGACAUCAGGUCCCGAUUCCCAAUUCAGGCCAUCAUGCGACUCGCCCAGAUCCACAGCGGCCGGCUGCGCUCGAUUACAGCCAAGGAGAUGCCAAUGAUCGACCGGCCUUUGAUCGCCGACCUUCGGACGCUGGAUAUUCGCGACCUGUCAGUCAGCGUCGGGUGGAUAGUGGCGUAUAUAUUGGUACAGGGGCAACCAACCAUACCAUUCAGUCUACAUGGGGCCAGGAAACGCCUCAUGGAACACACCGCGGUCCGGCCGGUCGCAAAACAGGGCGCGAGAGCAUAUCCAACCGGAACGAAGCCGCCUCAUCGAAAAGUGAUGCGUCCACUCCGCAUGGCCUUGUUGAGGAUCUACAAGGAUUGAGUCUGGGGGAUCACCCAACCUCGCAUAUAGUGCCCACAUAUGGCGAGAGCAGUCAGAGCCACCGCAAUGACCCCAUUUUGGGAGAUGCCCAACGAAGAUACGACAGUGAUGUAGGCCAUGAACUGACGAAAUAUUUGUGUGGACCAGGCUAUCAAAGGCAGAGAGAGGCUUGGAAAUUUUUUCGAGUGGGCAAGGUUUUUUCAAUGCUCUAUCAUGAGAAUGCAGGCUCACAUGGGACUGUACUCAGUCAACAAUUAAGCCCAUUCACCACGGGCAAGUACGGAGAGUCUAUAUACAGUAGCAUCCGCCGCAUGGUGGUAGUUAGAGAGCGGAAGGGGUGCUGCUGGUGUAUUCCCAUUGCUACCUACGGUGGACAAGGCGUAGCUAAGUCCGGGGUCGACGUGCCCAAGCAUGCCGUCAUCUAUAUGCGAGGUGAUGAACCUCACUCUUCGCGAGCAGAGCCUCGUAUGAUUAAGGAGCCUCUAGAGGUCGAACCCGCCAAGGCUGAUCAGAAGCUGGAUCGUAUGUCUCGGGUGAACUUUGGCAAGAUCUACACUGUCGAGCACAAUGUCAAAGUUCUUCCCGUAGGCAAAAUCACGGAAGCAUCCCAAGCGAAAUUUCUAGAGUAUGCAAACUACGAGUUUUUGAGAUGA